AUGCUCUCCUCUCUGUGGGCGUCGGGGACGGACGUCGGGGCGGACGCCAUCGGCGCCACCGACGAGAUUGACGAGUUCGACGCGAUCGAGGAGGCCUCUGCCGCAGGCGCGGCGCCGCCCGAGGCCCGCGGCAAGAAGGGCGCGCCGGGGAGGGCCAAGGGGGGGUCCAGCCGCAGCCGCAAGGGCGGUGCCGGCGCCAGAGGCAAGGCGGCCAAGGCGACGAAAACGAAGCCGGCGGCAGCCAAGUCGACAACGGCCAAGGCCGCGAAGGGCGGCGGCGCGUCCAAGGGUAGCACGGAGAGCAAGGCGAGGAGCAGCAAGGGCAAGGCCCCGCUUCGGCGCAAGGGCAGCAGGUGUUACCAGAUGAAACGCAUAGAGCGGGGCGGACAGAGGCUGUCGCGCGUCGUCGGCCUACAGGAUCUGCCGGCGCAUGACUUUUAG